CAUUUAAUCUGACUGUAGAAAAUACCAACUGACAGAGACUGAAGAGCUAGUAUAAUGCUGUUCACAACAGACGAUAAUAGAUGACGCGAUAGUCAGAGAAACUUAAAAGUUUUACGCUUAGUACGUCAUUGUGAAGACAGAUUGCUUUAACCGGCAAAUUUGAAUCGGUUUCCAUGUUCCAACAUAUUUCUAACCGAGAGACCAGUUUACUACACGAAAUCGGUCGAAUUUCAGGUAAGACGAGAAAAUCCGGCAAGUUCUUCCACUCAGAUGGUUUUUUGUACGCCAUGUAAUAUCAGGUGACGUGUAGAACUUUGGAACAAGACAUCUCCAAAUCUGGUAAUUACUGAGAUUUGAAUUGAGUCCAUAACAAGUCUAGGUCAACCGUGAAAGCCUUCACACACUAAAUACGUCGGUAUCCGUUGUGACGUUGACGUACGUCCAUAGUAUACGUUCAACUCAACGUACACGGGUCUCACACAUCGCAAUAUCACAUUGAACACGUUUAUUGGUUAAUGGUUAUCCGUCAGAUACUCAGAUAAAAUUGUUGAUGAUAAUUUUUAUGUUGGUCAAAAAGCGUGACAAUUUAAUUACAGGAUCUUCACUUCAUGAUGACUUGUUCGGACAAGGGAUAUACUAGGAUCAAUAUCCUUUCUACUUGCAGUAGAUCGGUAGAAACUGCAAAACACAAACGAAUUUUUAUUUCAAAAAGAACUAGCGAACUUGUUGCGCUUAUGGCAAUUUCGUCAACUUUAUUUUUAUUCUUACACACCAGGGAUCUGCAUACUCGACUUAGGUCAUUACAAUCUAUUACAAAUUCUGCAUCAACUUCAGGUGAUUCUACUGCAAUGGAAAACGAUAUUGAUAAUUUCAUCCAACAUGACCAGAAGUUGGAAGCAUAUUCUUUGAACAACACUGGUCAUGCUAAAAAAGAGUUGAUAUUUUUUAAUCGAGUGCCUAAAGUGGGCAGUCAGACAUUCAUGGAAAUAUUGAGAUUGCUGUCUCUGAGAAAUCAGUUUGUAUUUUACCAAGAUCAUGUGCAAAGGGUCGAAACCAUUCGUCUGGCUGAAACCGAACAGCUUCGAGUGGCUUCCAUGGUAUCAAAGUACGACACGCCUUCAGUAUUCAUAAAACACAUAUCUUUCGUCAACUUUACCAAAUUUUACCUGCCCGAACCCAUUUACAUUAACCUGGUGAGGGACCCCGUGGAACGGGUAAUCUCGUGGUACUACUACAUUAGAGCGCCAUGGUACUAUGUAGAGAGGAAGCACGCGUUUCCCGACACGCCGUUGCCAGAUCCAAAUUGGUUAAAAAAAGACUUCGAGACUUGCGUUCUUCGCGGUGAUCGAGAGUGUAGGUACACGCAAGGAGAGAAACGCGAAGGGAUUAGUGACCACAGGCGACAGACGAUGUUCUUUUGCGGACACGACGAGGAAUGCACCCCGUUCAACUCGGAAGGAGCUUUGGAAAGGGCAAAACGCUCUGUGGAACAACAGUACGCGGUUGUCGGAGUAUUGGAAGAUUUCAACGUCACCCUAACAGUAUUUGAACAUUACAUACCGAGAUUUUUCAAAGGAGCGUCCCAAGUAUAUUAUGGAGACAUGGGACUACACAAAGUCAAUCACAAUGCUUUCAAGCCGCUAGUCAGUGAAGCUGUGAAAGACAUUGUGAGGAAGAAUUUUACUAGAGAAAUAGAAUUUUAUCAAUUCUGCAGACAGCGACUAUAUAGACAGAGACUAGCGUUAAAUUUGUAACACAACGAAAUAAAUUUUCUCUGAACGUUGAUAAAAAGUUCCUCGUACACACACUUCAACCUUUAAACUCGCGCGUGUUACGCAAUAAUUAUUGUUUUUAAUUAUACAACAUUAGAAAUUGAAAGUUAUGUUUUAGUUUUACCUCUAAACAGUUAUAUAGUAAACUUAAUUAUUUUAACAAUUCGAUUAAUAUAAGAUUAUAAGACCAACAAUUACAAGAUAAAAUACAUACAUAUUUUAAGAAAAAUAUACGUAUUAUAUUAAGUCGAAUAUAAAUUCCAAUUUUAGCAAUAAAAAAUAAUAAUGGUAGGUACUAUAUAUUUAUUAUUUUUUUCAUCAUAGUUGAAUACUUUAAGUUAAAACAUAAUAUAAUUAUAUUAUUAUGUAUCACUGUACAGUGUACAGAGAUUUGAUUGUGCUUUUUUUUAUGUACCAAAUUAUGAAAUAUUAAGCUACCUAUUAACUAUAAUAUGUACUUAUAUUAUAAGUUAAUUUAAAAUAAUAUAUAUAAUUAUUACAAAUCAAAGUUAAAUAAAUUUCAUCAAAUAAUAUUUAAUUUACCAACUGGCUACUAAAGUACUAAAAGUAGUGUUUCCUUGGGAAGGGGAAAUCCCCCAUAAAUAAACAUGUAUAAUGAUUUCUUUUAUGGAAUAAAAAUAUAUUAUUUAUCUAUA